UAACUUUCACUGUAAGCUGAAUCAGUGUGUAAGCUUUGGAAGUUUUUUUUUUUUUUUGGCAUUCCUUCUAUAUAACGACACGGUAGCAAUAAAUAGCCUCCAAACGAUGUCGAGCAGCAUAUGAUCUCCCGCCUCUAACUUUUCUAUUUAAGUGGCGCUACUUGCUUUACUUCUUGCACUUUGAUAAGCGCAAAGAUGAGUCGCCUACUAACGUGCGUGGCACUCUUCAUUCUGCUGGAGGCACAUACUAUGGUUACACUGGCAGGUCACUCGCAGUCAUGUCAGGAACACUGCAAAGAAACGUGCUGGACUCACUCAUUCCAGAAGCAAAAAGGAUUCGAGUGUUGCGGCGGAAGACCUUACAAUAAGGCAAGCCAUGUGUGUUGUGAGGAUGGGCGCAUCAUCAGAGGGGAGCCCGGCAUGUCUUGCUGCGGGAAUCAGUCGUUCCACCCUGACCUUGAAAGCUGCUGUGAGGGUAGAGUCAUCAGGGGCAUUGGAGUGAAGUGCUGCCGGGGUUCACCUUAUAAUAAGACCAGCGCCAUCUGUUGUGAAGGUGAAAUCCAUGAAAAUUAUAACGAAAUGGAUUCUCAGUGUUGUGGCUCAAAGCCAUAUUACCCAAGAAUCCAGAAAUGCUGCAAUCAUGAAAUCCUUCCUCGAACUCCGGGCAUGCUGUGCUGUGGAAAGAUACUGCUGGGCGAGAGCACAUGGACUAAAGUUCAAGUAUCAGCUGAGAUCAAUGGCACUGGGGUGGUGGUGGUGGGUGACCACUCAGAAGAUGCUACACCAGUCGUCCCAGCUGUGAAUGAGUCUCAGGUCACCGGUGCGAAUAAAGAAGUAAAUGCUUUUGAUAACGGACUCCUGCCGGAGAACGCAUUGACGGGGCCUGUGGUGGGGGAGAUAUGUGAGAGAGCUGAGACUGGCGGUGGAGUGGCAGUAGAGAGCAGCAGUGAAGUGGCGAGGGAGUGUGAGUGA